AUGUAUCAUCAAAUAAAUGCGAAUUCCCACGCUGACAGAAAGAAUAUUAAAGUUUUGAUAUUAACUACAAUAAAAAGACGGAAUUCAAUGGACUUAAAAUAAAGUCACUUUUCAAUUAAAUCAAAUGCCACAUAAACUGCAUCUUCUAGCAAGGACAUGAAAUUAAGAAGAAGAAGUUUUUCUAAUUCUAUUCCUGCAUACUCUUAAGAUUCAAAUAGAAAAGAGCCAAAGAACUAAUAAGAUAAUUCAAAUCAGUUCUUAAAUAAGAAAUGGAAAGAACAUAAUGAUAGUGGCUCAUCAUCAAAUUAAGAUAACUCAAAAUCAAAUAACCCAAUUAAAGAAAAUGAGAAUGAGAUUGAUUAGAAUGAUAUUUAUACAUUCAGAAAAGAUGAGGUAAAUUUUAGAUAAUUUCACGAAAAUUUUUAGUCAGAUGCGCUUUAAUUGGAGAUCUUGUAUUAUUGGCUUUCGAGUUUUGGAUUUUAGCGAUCUGCUCCUUUCUAACUCCCCCCUCUUCUAAGCUACUAUUUAUAUUCUUUGAUAUUGUAUAGAAGUGAUCUUCAGGAACUAUUUCUUCAAUUUGUGGAAUUGACUUGGAAGGAUGAGUAUUACAAAAAAUUAAUGGGUGUGUAAAGUUAAUAUUUUCAAUAAAAACUCUAAAAUUAAUGCUACUCCUAAGUUGUAUUUCAUGAUGUUCCAAGUCGAGAUCAUAAAAACGAGUACAUGUUUGUAGAAUAUCUGAAUAAAAUUAUUGCUGAUAUGAAUUUAGAUUAUAACAUUCUUUUGGAGGAUUUUAUUACAUACUUUGAAUUGUUCAGCUUUUAAAAAAAUAACAUAGAAGCAUCUUUAAGUGAUGCAUAUAUUUUUGGAAAAAAUAACAUAGCAUUCGGAAACAUACGAUUUGUCUUCAAAUAAAUAGAUGGACAGCUAAUUGAUUUCAAACAACCAAUAGGAAAAUUUUAAGAUAAAUAAUUUAUAGAUUAUAUUUAAUUUUAGGAUGACUUUGCCAAAUAAGUAUAAUAAGCUGAACCCUUUCUGUAUUUUACCUAAUAUCUUUCUGAACCUCAUAGCGAAAGGACUUUGAUCUUGUUUCUUUUGGCAGAUAUUUACCUAGAUAAAUCAAUAUUUGAGAAUUUACAAAUUGAUUUAGAAAAAUACAAAUAAAAUCAUUAAAUUAUGCUUUCCUAAAUUCACUUAGAAAUAACUAGUGAGAACAGAGUUUGUAAUAAAUGCGUAGGUAUGUUUUAAAUGAUUCCAAUUCAAUUUAUUUGUCAAAAAUUUAAAGAAAAAUUUAAAUUGGAGGUAGAUAAAAAGUUUUAAUUCAUUAUCACCUCAUAGUAUUUAUUGGAUCCAUAAGUAACUGCGAGUUACGUAAGAUAUUAAAAAAUUUGGAAGAAAACAGAUUCAGAAAAAUUCAUUUUGCUCUAAUAAUACUAAUCAAAAGAUUCAAAACUAAAUUAAGAAGAAAUUUAAAUACAAAAUGAAAAAGAACUUCCUAAUGAUUAUGAGUAGCCAAGUACUAAACAAUAUGAUUAACAUGAAUUUUAACUUGUAUAACAACAAGAUUUAUCAUAAUAAGACUCCAGCCAAUAACUUCAAUAAAAAGAUUUACAACAGGAAUAUUUAAUUUGCUAUUAAGAGCAAGAACCAACUGGAUUAGUAUCGCCAUUGUUGCUAAAAGAAAGGUAUUGCAAAGGUUAAUUUAGUAAUUUCAAAAAAAAAGUUACAGAAUUAUAGUUCACAAAUACUUUUUUUUUAAGCAAUGAAUUACAAUAAUCAAGAUCUAAACCACAUUCUUAAAAUGAUCAAUAAUAACUACCUGAAGAAGGAAACUCAUAAUCAUCACACUCAAGUAAAAAAUAAAGAAACAGAUUAUUAAUUGAAUUACAAUCCUACUAAGAGAAACUUCUCAAUCUUAGAAACAUUUAGUAAGAUAAACCAAAAUAAAAUGUUUAAGAACAAUAAAUUGUUUAGAAGUCCUAGAAAACUUACUUGAUAUAUGAAGAUUUAUUAUUAGAAAUCCGAUCUGAGUUUUAUGCCAAAUUAAUAAAGAAGUUAACAUAAGAUUAUUAAUUUCUUAAUACUGAGAGUUUCUAAUUAGAUAAAAUUUUACAAUUAUAUUGGAAGAUAGGGCUUUAAAAAGUCCCUUAAAAGGGUUUAAUUAAUAUCUUAAAGAAGGAUUUAUAGCUAAAUAGUAUUCUUGAAUGUGGAUAAUUCAAUAUGUAAUUAUUUAUCUAGGAUUAUGCAUUUAUAAGUGAAUGUAUAACUACAUAAAUUACAAAUGAAACGCAAACAAAAUAACAGAAUUGCAAAAUUUCAGCAAACUUUUAUCUAAUAAAAUUCUAUGGAUUGGAUGACUCUGGAGAGUUUCAAAUAAUUGCUUAAUCAAUUACGAUUUAAAGCUGCCACUCAUUAAUUCAAUCACUUGAUGAGAAAUUUCAACAAGAUAUCAAAAAAUUUCAACAGCUUUAUAUAAUAAUCUUAUCAGUUAGCAAGAUCAAGAAAUAAUUCACAGAAGCAAUCAAUAACCUAAUAUUUAGUUUAUAACAUCCAAAUUUUGGACUAAAAUAUUAUUUUUUUGAGCAAAAUAUAAGGGAUUAGACCUAAGAGGAUGGAUAAAAAUCAAAUUUGAUAUCAGAAUAAUAAUGGAUUCUCAAAGAAAAAGAUUUUUUUUAGCAUCGAUAUGCACUCCGGAAUACAGAUUGUUUUUAGCCUUUUAAGGAACUGAGUGAGAAUUUUGAUCAAGAUUUGAUGAGCUUUGAAUGCUAAGUAAAUCAAAAAAAUAAUUAUUAAUAGGUCCAUAAUUGA